GCUUUGGCCACGAUGUGCCUUCAGUCGCUUAAACAGUUGUUAUCAACUUAAUAAUAAUUAAUGAUUACAAACAAAAACAAUCCAGAUAAAAAAUAAUAACAACAAGCUACGCACGUGUUUUAAUAAGUGUGCCGAUAAACUGGUCUUCUAAUGAGAAGGUGAAUGCAAACACUGCGGACACACUGAGCUCCGGAGAGUAACAGUCACAGCCCUCAAAGCGUUGGUGACUGCAUUUGAGGGCGUUUCUGGUCACUUUGACCCCGCCCACCCCUCCAUUUCUCCGGCCUCUCAGGUUAGUAGUUUGAAGCCUUUUCCCUCCGCCCUGCAGUGUUGGAAACAUCUUGUUAAACCAGCAUGUGGUAGUUCCCCACCUGUGUUUGUAUGAGAAGAAGCGCUGCUGCACACCUUUUAUUCCACCUUCUUGCAGUGACGCGUGAGUCCAGACGGGCAACGGGUGUCCUGUGGUGCAGCGCACGUGCGGCCGGGGUUACCUUGGACAAACUUGAAUGGGCUCCUAACAUAAAGCGGCUCAGGUCAAAAGGCCCUUCGGAAGCUCUAAAUGGGUGCCGGUGUUCAUGGUCAAGGGGAAAAGAGGAAGAUUUUAGCUGUUAUGUCACCAGCAGAGAGGGGCGCACCCUUUUAGGAGGAGAUCCUGCUCCCAUCCAGAAUGCAGCUUCACCACAGGGUGCUCUGUCCUCUGGUUCUUCAUCGUCAAGAUGUCGACUGAGGUUUUGCAGCGGCUCAGCACCAUAACACUGAGCACCAAGCACCUGCGUCGUCUCCCUCACCUCUCAGACUUCCUCCCUUUCUCUUUACCAUCACCCAGCCCCACCGUCACUGCCUCCCACGUACCCAGCCUGUUCCGGGAACCCUACAUCCUGUCAGGAUACCGUCCUGUCCAGCAAGACUGGCGCUGCUAUCUUCUCAGCCUCUUCCAGAAACAUAAUGAGUCCCUGAACGUGUGGACCCACUUGCUGGCCGGUCCUGUCCUGCUGCUCCGCUGGUGGGCCAAUGUAGACACCCUGGGGUACACCUUGGAUACGGCCUCGCUACCUCUGCUCCUGUUCUUGGUGUCAUCUCUCACAUAUCUGUACCUCAGUGUGGCGGCUCAUCUCCUGCAAUCUCACUCUGAACGCGCACACUACUUCUUCUUCUUCUUGGACUACGUGGGUGUGGCCGUGUAUCAGUACGGGUGUUCGCUCGGCCACUAUUUCUACGCGUCUGAGCCAGCGUGGCGAGAACGCGUCGGGGUGAUGUUUCUGCCUGGCGCCGCCUUCUUUGGGUGGCUCUCCUGCACCGGUUGCUGUUAUGCCAAGUUUAGGUACAGGCGGCCAUAUCCGCCUCAGCGUAAAGUCUGCCAGCUGAUCCCCACCGGCUUAGCGUACGUGCUGGAUAUCAGCCCCAUAGCCCACCGCCUGCUCACUGUCUCCUGGUCACAGGAGCCCUCGCUGCCCUUCCACGCUCUCCAGAUCGCCUGCUUCCUCUUGUCUGCAGUCUUCUUCUCUUGCCCCAUCCCGGAGCGCUUCUUUCCAGGCCACUGUGACUUUGCAGGCCAGGGUCACCAAAUCUUCCACAUGCUUCUGUCCCUGUGCACCUUGUCCCAGCUGGAGGCUUUGUUCCAGGACUACGCCCAGCGGAGGGAUACAGUGGUGGAGUUAUUUGGGGAGUGGCAGUUGUGGUGGGCGUGCGUAUCCUUCCCCGUCCUGUUAGUGUGCUGCAUCCUGACGGCGCUGAUCGCAGUGAAGCACAUGAGCAAGGCACUGCAGAGUAAAGACGAGUGAGAGCGCAACAAAGAAAAAUCAAAGAGCAAAUCAUCAUAAUUUUAAUAUUAAAACCAAGUCAUGUGUUUAAAAAUCCAUAUAUUUACUUUUGUCUAUAAAAAUAAAAAAAUGUAUCUUAUCACUGAAAUACUUGAACAAUAAAAUACUCUCAAACUUC